AUGGCCGAUAAUUUAAUAUCCAUAGAAGAAGGAAGACCCAACAACAUUGAAGAUGAUACUACUAGGUUAUUACCCGACUCUGAUAAUCAAAAAAAAUCAACUAAUAGUAAUACAAAACGUUUAGUGACAAGUAUAAUUAUCAGUAUUUAUAUUGUUUGGGCUUGUAUAGUUUUAUUUGUUAUUAGAUCUGGUAUUUCGGAAGGAGCAGUUGCAUCUGAAGAAAUACAUUGUUCUCAAAUCGGUGUUGAUGUAUUGAAGGAAGGUGGAUCAGCUAUGGAUGCAACAAUUGCGACUCAAUUAUGCGUUGGUACCAUAAAUGCAUUUUCUACCGGUAUUGGAGGUGGGGGAUUUUUAUUAGUUAGAGAUUCAAAUGGAACUUUAGAAACAUUAGAUUUUCGUGAAGUAGCACCGUUGGCGUCAUAUAAAACAAUGUUUGUGAAAAAUCCCGAAUUGGCCAAAUUUGGUGGUCUUAGUGUUGGUGUGCCUGGUGAAGUGCUUGGAAUGGAGAUAGCACACCAAAGAUAUGGGAAAUUACCAUGGAAAAGACUUUUUGAACCAUCAAUCAAGUUAAGUAGAGAAGGAUUUAAAGUACCACCUGAAUUGGCCAAUAGAUUAUCAUAUUCAGCAAUAUAUGCACCAAAUGGAAAAUUGUUGGGUGAAGGAGAUCUUUUGAUUAGAAAAAAUUAUUCUGAUACGUUGGAAUCAAUUGCAAAUAAUGGGUCUUAUGUGUUUUAUAAUGGAUAUAUUGCUGAAUCUCUAGUUAAUUUCAUUGGUGAGUCAGGUGGAAUAAUGACACUUGAAGAUUUUCAAAUAUUUCAACCAAUUACUAGGGAACCAGUAAUUACUACUGGCUUACCUACAUCUGGUCCAGCCUUGAUAGCUAUGUUAAAUAUACUGGAAAGAUAUCAAUUGAUCAAAGAUGGUAUGAAUGAUAUUAAUUUACAUAGAAUUAUAGAGGCUAUGAAAUUUGGAUUUGCUUUAAGAACAGAAAUGGGUGAUCCGUUAUUUAUUAAUAAUACAGAACGUGUCCUUGAAAUAAUGACAAAAAAUUAUUCAGGAAAAUUAAGACAAAACAUAUCAGAUACUCAAACAUUUGAGCCACUUUAUUAUAAUCCUAUAUAUGAUGUGGUAGAAGAUCAUGGUACAACACAUAUAUCAGUUAUUGAUAAAAACAAUCAAUCUGUCUCAUAUACUUCAACUGUAAAUAUAGUUUGGGGCUCAAGAUUAAUGGAUCCAUCAACAGGAAUAAUACUAAAUGAUGAAAUGGAUGAUUUUUCUAUUCCUGGUGUGACAAAUUAUUUUGGAUUAAAACCAUCUCCUUUUAAUUUUGUUGAACCUAAAAAGAAGCCUUUGUCAUCAUGUUUGCCUGUAAUUAUUGAAACAGAUGGUCAAGUGGAAACUAUAUUAGGUGGUUCUGGUGGUUCAAAAAUCAUUUCAUCAGUCCUACAGUACAUAUUAAAUAUUUAUGACUUUGACAUGAAUGUAUUAGAAGCAAUCAAUCAACCCAGAGUUCAUCAUCAAUUAGUGCCAAAUAUUGUAUCAGUUGAAGCAGAUUUUUCAAGGCCUUUAUUAGAUCAGCUUAUACUAAAAGGACAUAAUAUAACGAUGGAUAAACCAUUUGGUUACUCUCAAGUACAAGCUAUUAGAAAAUUUAAAAAUGGAGAAAUUCAUGCUGCAAGUGACUAUAGAAAACAUGGCAUGGCAGCAGGAUAUUAA